AUGGUUCGACUUCUUACAUCUAUUACACUCUUUGCAGUGCUCCUCGUCAGCAACACGGCUGCACACCCAGGCGAUCAUCACCCAGACAUAUCCCAUCUGGAGCGAGAACGAGCCUUCCAUAGGUCUGCAGCUGAGGCUGGGGCUGUAAAGAUGAGCCGUUGUACCGAUACCUUGAGAACCGUCAGGAAAAGCGCCAUUCAGCGACGCACUGCAACUUUGGAGCGCCUACGACAAGACAGGGGCUUCGCAUCCUCGGCCGGGAUCCAGAGUCGUAACAAAGAGGAGGUAGCUUACUAUGACUCUCUUAACCAUAAUCUGACUUCCGUUGUCACGAACGGAUCCUACGAAGAGUUGUUUGGUUCCAAUGCCUCUUGCGUACUUGGUCGGGCUGAGACGAUCGGUCCUUACUAUGUCGAGGGUGAGCUCAUUCGCAGCAACAUCACCGAAGACCAGAUCGGCAUUCCGAUGCACAUGGAGUUGCAGUUCGUGGACGUCAACACUUGCAAGCCAGUUCCCGCUCUGUUCAUCGAUAUCUGGGGUGCCAAUGCAACGGGCGGUUACUCUGGAGCGGAAUCACCCGCUGGCAUCAGCGGAUUCGGCGGUCUCAACUCUACCUUCUUGCGAGGCAUUCAAAUCACGGACGAACACGGUGUGGCUAGUUUCGAUCUUAUUGUACCUGGACACUACUAUCCUCGCGCUACUCAUACACAUAUUGUAGCAUGGGGAAAUGCUACAACAUUCGCCAAUGCUAACAGCUUGAAGGGUACAAUUGCCGGUGGUCUCGCAACUGACGACACAUUUAUCCGUUACGUGGGACAGCUUUACUACGAGCAGAAGCUUCGUGAUGCCGUUGACCCCAUCUGGCCUUACAACACCAACACCGAUAAGGACAACUUCAAGAAUGUGGACGACUACAUUCUGGCCGAAAACAAGACGCUCAAUGGCAAUACGGUCGGUGACUUGGGGGCGUACGAUCCUUUCGUCAAGUAUGCCUACUUCACGAAUGAUCUAGCGGAUGGUAUCUUCGCCUGGCAUACCAUCGGGGUCGACAUGGGUGACAACUUCAACGGAGGCUUCCAAGCGGCCGCCAAAUACGAAGAAGAUGGUGGAAGGGCCCUCAAUGCGUGGGGUGACGGUUCCAUCAACCCGUACCCAGCUGUGGUGCCACCCAAGGGGAUAGUCUCGACUACUGUGGCUAGUAGCAGCGCAACAGGGCUGUGACAAUCCAUAGUGCAUUGAUAGCAGCAAAGGGAGCCACGCAGCAGCGUUGACACUGCAGAUGGUGCUCAAGGAGCACGCAACGAUCGACUUUAUCCUGGUGGUCAAGAAGCCAUUACAUAGUGGUGCAAAGUUAGAGAAUCUCUUACACAUAGAUGCCAUGUAAGCUUGUACUUAUCUAG